UUUGGGUCUCGUUAACUGGUCAGCUCAGGUCCCCAUUGCUCAUUCUUGCUUCUCUAUUUUCAGGGUGAUGACUUUGAGAGAUCAAAUUUCUUCAAAUCCCUUGAAGUCCUAACACCAAGCCUCUCCAGAAAUCUGAGGCUUUCUAUUGGAAAGAGUAUAGUAUCUCAGCAGGAGUGUUGGGCAUUUUCGGAUUAACAAAAUCAAUGUACUAGAAGCAAAAUUUUGUAAAAUAGACUCUCCUUGGUUAGGAUAGGUUCAGUAUUCAUUUGCCAAUUUCUAUCUUCCAUUUGCUUGGAAUUACUUUGUUGCUGAGAGAAUGUUGUCCCUUCAAAUUAGUAUUGCUCCAAAAUCCUUUUUGCCUCUUGGUGCAGUGAACAUUGAUCAUAAUUCCUGCCCCUUGCUGCCUAUUUCUAAUUUUAUUCCCGGUACUCUUAGUCAUUCAUACCAAAUCUUGCCCUCCUGUAUACACCAUAGCCGCGUUUUUAAAACUUUCCCUAUCUUCGCUAUUUCAAGCAGAUCAGAUUCCAAUCCUGACCCUGACCCUGAUCCUGAAGCUGGCUUGAAGCCUAAAUCUAAGGCUAAAACGCAAAGCCACAACAACAAAUCUAUAUUUUCCCAGAACAAAGAUGAAAAUCAGGAUAAAAGCUUCCCAACAACCCUUCCUAAGAAGCCAAGACGUGGCCGUAGGAGUGAAGCUGUAGCCGUUGAGCAUUUUAUACGCGACUCACUUGAACGGACAUUUGAAUCAAUCCGACACCAGAGUCCGGAAGUUUUUGAGAAUAAGGUAAAUGUGGUGAAGGAUAGACUUGACAAUGAUUUUGAAUCUGAGAGUAGUAGCGAUAAGGAUCAGGAUGAGGAGGGUAGUGAAGUUGGUUUUAGAAGGGGAAAGAAGAUGGUGGUCGAAGAGGAUGAUCCAGAUUGGCCUUUGGAUGCAGAUGUUGGAUGGGGAAUUAGGGCAUCAGAGUACUUUGAGCAGCACCCAAUUAAGAAUGUAGUGGGUGAAGAUGGUGUUGAGAUUGACUGGGAAGGAGAGAUUGAUGAUAGCUGGGUAAAGGAGAUCAACUGUCUGGAGUGGGAGAGCUUUGCUUUCCAUCCAAGCCCUCUAAUUGUUCUUGUAUUUGAGAGAUAUAAUAGGGCAACCAACAAUUGGAAGACUUUGAAAGAGCUGGAGAAGGCGAUCCAGGUAUAUUGGAAUGCCAAGGACCGAUUACCUCCUCGGGCAGUGAAGCUGGACAUCAAUAUUGAGAGAGAUUUGGCAUAUGCUCUUAAAGUCAGGGAAUGCCCGCAGAUUUUAUUUUUACGCGGAAACCGGAUUGUUUACAGGGAGAAAGAGUUUCGCAUGGCUGAUGAAUUGGUCCAAAUGAUUGCUUAUUUCUACUAUAAUGCUAAGAAGCCUUCCUGGAUUGAUGAGGCAGCUAUAUGUCAUCCUUAUUAGGCAAUCCCAAGCUUUUUCCUUGCUGAACAUAAUAGGACCUUAUCUUAUUCCCUUAAUGUGAAAAGCAGAAAAUGGCUUAAGGAAAACAUGACAAAGUGAUGAAUCAUCUUUUCUGAGACCAAUUUGAUAUAUUAUUGUUGAAAAUUUUAGUCCUAUCACCUUCUGGACAAGUGCAUUGUAAAUAAACUCCAUGGAUUACAUAUCUUGCCCAAUUUUGCUGAAUUACAAUAGUGAUAGUGUUGCUGCAGUA